GUGCGGUUCUAUUUUCGCGCACCUAAAAAUCGUCUGGUCAUGAGAAACUUUUAUCCAAUAGAAAUGUUGUUUCAGUUACAAUUGACCAAUCAAAACAAGUGGGUCAAGGACAGUGUCAAGGAUGCAAGAUUAUGACACACUGGCAAAAAUCUCGGUAUACUUUUAGUCCAAGGAAUUCAUCAAUGUACACCUUUUUUCCGUUAGCGUCAUGCCGAAACUUUGAUGAAUGAAUCUGAAUAGCAGAACAACCGGUCUCUUGCCACAACAGUGCUUCAAGCUUUCAAGUAGAACAUAUAAUGGAUCCUUUUCCAACUCCAAUAAAAACAUACUCAAGAAGGACAAAGGUUUUUUUAAAAGGGACCACCCACCAGAUUUUUUCGCCUAAAAGUUGCAAACAAUUUGAAGACAGUUUAGUGUCUGAGACAUUGGGUGAAAGUAAUAGGGGGAAUUGUUCCAGUGUUUCUUCAAAAGCAGUACUUUCCACCUCAGGUUCAGGUGUUGGUGUUAGAACAGUUCUUGGUAGCAAAGCAAGUGAUUGGGAAACUUGUGAGGAUUUAGAUGAUAGUAUUGAAUUACCAAGAGAUGCCACAGAGGCAAUUGAUCAUCAUCACCAUAGAGUAGCUUUCAGUGGGGAAGAAGGUGAAGACAUCACCCUAGCCUUGAAACAAACUGCUCUGAAAACUUCAAAAAAAUGUAGUCUGCAUAGAUUGACAAGAAGUCAGUUUCCCUUAGCUACAAGUACCAGAAAAGAAAACGUUUCCCCUGAACACAGAAAUUCUACUCUUAUUGACACAGAUUGCGCCAAAUCCAUCUGUGAUAUUCCACCUCCAGAGUGCAUGUCAACUAUUCAUGAAUUUCCAGGUUCUGCAACUGAAGAACGAAAUACAACAGGACUGGCAAUUUUUAAGAGAGAUAUUUCUUCAUCACUUGCUGGUCCACAGAAAAACCAGUUACCUCUUGUAUCAAUACCAUUGCCAAAUAUAGAGACAUGUAACCUGCUUUGCAAACAGGAAAAGAAGAAGAGGAGAGCAGUUAGACAGUCCUUUGAAUUAUCUAAUGACAGAGGGGAUAAUGUUCAUAGUGAAAAUAAAAAUGGCAAGCAGUUGAAACCAGGACAAUGCUUCAAUUCAACCUUGAUUGGUGCGAAGGCAACCAAUAUUAAAGAAGUGAAAAUCACACCUGAUGUUUCUUCCAUUACAGGUUUUCUCUCAAAUAAGCAAAGUGUAUCAAAAAGCACCAAGUCAGCUGAGAUUAGAGAAAAGGCUGCCUUUGUAAAGGGGGAUGAAUGUAUGGCAGACAGCACUACAUGCUUAGAAUUGGAUUGUCAUCUUGGUCAGCAAAAGAAAACAGAACAGUGUUUCAAUUCCACAUUGAUCAAUAAUCAAGCAAUCAACAUAAAGGAAGCCAAUGUCAUGCCAGAUCUUUCAUCAAUUGCUGAAGCCAGUAGUGAUAUGUUUCCAUCAGCAGUUAUGAAACAGUUGAUAAGUGAAGUGACACCUAAUAAACCCUCAGUUUCAAAUGUUAAUGGAUGUUUGUCACCAGUAAAGGGUAACAAACCGUUAAUGAGACAGGGGCGAUUAUGUCCAAAGAACUCAACAGUUCUCUUUACAUCCCAGAACCUAGAUAUUGCUGAAGUUAUUCCCCCUGAUUUAUCCAGGGUUACUGCUGCAAGUGAAAUGACAGACAUUUGUGGUGAUGAGGGAGAGGACCAAGAAGAAAUAACUCUUGAGGCUCCAGAAUGUGAUGCUCCAGUUGAGGAAUAUAAUGAAAGUCUGAGAUGCAAGGUGCCAGAAGAAGAAAACUAUGACCAGAAUAAAACCCAAGAAUCCCUAGUACAGAAAAGGCCAGGAAGUAAGAGUGAACGACAAAGAAAAGGUAAACCCAGAACCAAACUAAAUCCAAAUUCAGAGACUGUGAAUCCUCUUGAAGACAAAGUGGAAACUACUAGAACAACAUUUACAGCACCAUUAGCAAAAGUGCAGAGAAAGAAAAGUGUGAAAAAUAAGAACAACCAGGACAAGUCAGUUGAAGAUAGUAACCAAACUUUGCAUAAUGAACCACAAAGAGUAAAGGAGUUGAAAGCUAAGAGUAAGAACAUAAAGUCUGUAAGGGAUGCAAGGAAGCAAAAAUAUAAGACUCUUACAGAUAAGAUGGAAGCAACAGAAAAGAAAGGUGGAACCUCCAAUGAGAGAGAUAAUCAAGUGCAGGAAAGUGAAGUGCCACUUAAUACUUUAGGCAAGACUCCAGAAGAUCAUACACAGAAUUCACAAAAAAAAGCCCAAAAAAGAAAAAAAUCUGAUUUUAAAAAAGUGCGUAUGAGAAAGUCUGAAGCAAAUCUUGUCUGUGAAGAAACAGUCUGCUCUAUAAAGAACAAAACAGCACCAUGCAAAAAGAAAGUGAGGACUUCGAAAAACAAAAAUGCAGCACUGGAGGUAAGACUACCAGUAGUACAUCAAAGGUUUAGGUUGGAAAUAAAAUUUCUUUUUUUAUACAAAAAGUGGGAUAAAGAAGUCUUCAACACACACACACAUAUAUACAUAUUGUAUAUAUGUUUCCAGAUACCUCGGUGUUUCAUUGAGCUUAUGGAUUUUCCCUCUAUUCCUAUGCCAAUGAGAAGAAGUUAUUUCAAGCUGGACAAAAGACCAGAUCAGUAUGAAGAAGAUGUCCUCUUACAAGAUGUUACAUUAACCACUGUAAAGGAAGUGCUCUAAAUAUAUUUACUGCAGGCAAAGAGAAGUCUAAGAUGCCACUACCAGUUACACAUCUGAACUGUAUUUUUUGAAGAGGACGGAGACUCCAAAUCUGAGUAAUAAGUAAAGGCUUUUGAUAUGGAGAAGAGAACAAAUUAUUUCAAUAAUUAUAAUUUAAUAUUUGAACCACAGGGUCUCUGUUUGAAUAACAUUUCACAACUGAGCCAGGAAUGGGUUCUAACCAGGAUGAUUACUUAAAAUUAUUUCAGUGAAUUGUAACGAUAUGUUAUUUGUAUAGAGAAGUCCUUUUUUAUGUAUAAUAAUAUAAUAUUAUGGGAAAAAUGGGUGUAUAUAUAUGUAUCUCCUGUUAUGUUCUUAUUAUAUUAAAUUAAAUGUACUGUGAUAUAUUUUGAUUAAUUCAAGCAGUUUUGUAUUGAAGUGCAAUUUCUUGGUUACAUUUGUAAAUCCAACUGCCCCCCUUUCGCUGAGAUAAAUGAUUUAUACACUGUAUUGCAGCAUUUGAUGAUGAACAAGAUAUUUUGUUUGGUAGCAAGUUUUUGAGAUUAUAACAUUCAGUAUUAAAUUUUACUGAUCUUUUUGGAGUAUUCAUGAUCUGUAUUUGUAUAACUAUUAUAUAACAAAAAAGUUUAUGUAAAAUCUUAUAUCAGAUUCUGCAGCAAUUUGUUUUUCACUCAAAGGAAAACAGGGCAGUUUUGUUAUAUUUUUUAAAUAAAACAAAAUUUGUUAUUAAUUACCA